AUGGCCCGCUUUGGCUUGCUGAGCGACUCGGAAGACUCGUCCGACGGCGAGCGCUCGCACACCUCGACCCGACACCGCUCCUCCUCGUCGCCCGCAUCAUCCCCGCCCAACUCGCACAACGGCAAGCGGGCGCACGACGACGACCGCAGCGACGAAGAGGACGAGGAUGAGGAGAUUGACGAGGACGACGCGCCGCCUCGGUCCAGUCUGCACCACGACCAUGACCUUGACAGCGCUUCGGACGGCGAGGGACUGAGUUCGAUGGGAGACGAGGACGAGGACGCAGACAUGAGUGCGACCGCGUCUUAUGCCUCUCGCUCGCAACGGUCGCGGUCUAGGUCGUACUCGAGGCAGCCGGACGACGACGUCUCCUUCGACCAGACCCCUCCUCCUCGCGCCUCUUCCCGCCGGGCGCUCGUUCCGGGGCGUCGCGAACUUUCUUCGACGCCAGCUGCAACAGCAGCGCAGAAGAAGCUGUUCGCUGGCGCGACAUCAACCCCUGCUCGGAUGAGCGGGCUCGAGCCGAAGCGGGUUGCGGUGAUGCAGGUGAGCUUCUUCGGACAGGCCGGCGAUGCCUUCAGCCAGACGUACGGAGAGGGAGACGAGGACGAGGACGAGGACGAGCGGGAAGAGAAGGAGGAGAGGCUGCGGGACGAGCGGGAGAAGAAGCGCAGGGCGGUAGAGGCUGGGCUAGCUGCCAGGUCGCAGCCUGUUCCCGCACCUCAGAAUGUCCCCACUCCUGCUGUCGACCCGCUUCCUUUCCGCCCUCUUCGCCCCGUCACCCUCGUUCCCUUCGACUCGUCCGUCACCGCCACUCGCACCGCCUCUCUCGCCGACGCAGGUCUCGCUCUCAGCCGCUCAUUCCGCGUCGGUUUCGGUCCCUCGACGAGCGAGAUUGGCGGGGAGAAGAUUGUCAGCCUGCGAGGCGUGUACGACGUUGGCGAGAGCGGGAAGCUGGACGUGACCGUUGAGAGGAUGAAGUUGCUCGCGAACUCGUCGGAUGCCUCGUCCGCCCUGCGGUUGCUGGAGCUCCAACUUGCGCAGACUGACAUCUACGAGCCCGAAACGCCCUACUCUGCACCUCAAGCCGUUCCUUCGUCCUCUCUCCGCUUCGGCAACUUCGUCGACCUCUUCCCUUCCGACGCAUCCGGUACGACACUUGAUGAAGCCGAGCUCUUCAAGCUUGGUCAGUGUCUCUUUGACGAGAUCAACGACCUCGCACUGCCUGAAGUCGGCGACGACGGCGAGCCUAUCGACCCGGCGUACCGAGCCUACAUCGUUUCAAUCCGUCGACGAGCGCUCCUCUCGUCAUGGCUGUCGCGAGCAGCCUCCUCCUCCGCCUCCCAGCUCGCCACUUCCUCGUCCCCCCUCGAUCGCAUCUUCCACCACCUUUCGACCCACAACAUCGCGGCUGCGUGCGACGUCGCGCUCGAAUCGCACAACCUCCACCUCGCGACUCUUCUCUCUCAACUCGGCUCGACAAUCGACGACACGUUCAAAGAGGAUCUUUUCCUCCAGCUGCAGAAGUGGCGGGAGUACGGCGUCGACGAGUUUGUCGACAAGGCCUACCGCCGGAUCAUCGAAGUCAUGAGCGGCAACUUGGGUGUUAGCGAGGGCCGACCGCAGAAGGGCGGCGAUGCGGCCGUCGAGGAGAUGCACGUCCUCGAAGGUCUGAGCUGGAAAGCUGCGGUCGGGAUGUGGCUGUGGUACGGAAUCUUGAACGACUCGGCUGCGGGAUCGGACGAAGGCGCUUCGGUCGUUGCAGACGCCAUGAGACGCUACGCGCAGGCGUACAAGUCCGACUCGCGCGUCUCGGCACCUUUGCCCUCACACAUCCCCUCAACUUCCGAUGCUCCUACCCCCGACACCCUCGACCCGACCUACCAUCUCCUCCAGCUCUUCUCCUCUCCGACCCACUCCCUCGAAUCCGUCCUGUCGCCUCUCAAUUUCGGCCGCGCAAAGAUGGACUACCGCCUCCCCUGGCACCUCUACAUCCUCUUCUCGCGCGUCCUCCGACGACGCGACUUUGAGGACCGCCUCGAAGUCGACCAUGGCUCGGACGACGCGAUGGGCGAGGAGGGCGAGGCUACGAAGGAGGGAAACAGCGUUACGGCGGACCGGGUGACGGAGAGCUAUGCGGCGCAGCUGGAAAGCUUGGGCAAGUGGGAGUGGGCGGCGUUCGUGCUGCUGCAUCUCGAGCUGGAGGAAUGCCGCAUCAAGGCGAUUAAGAACCUCCUCGCCCGCCAUGUUGACGACCUUGAAGAGCCGGACGACGGCGAGAACGACAAGAUCAAGUUCCUCGUCGAGACGCUCAAGAUCCCGCAGGUCUGGAUCUAUUCGGCGCUGGCGGACCGCACCCUUUCGCUUCCGGUUUCCAAGCACCCUCACGCCCCCUUCCGCGCCUAUACCCUCCUUCUGGCCGCUCAGCGACCCUCAGAAGCCCACCGCCUCGCGACCGAGCAACUCGUCCCCGAAGCCAUCAUCCGCAACGAUCCCGGCCUCGUCCGUCGCUUGCUCGAUCCUUUCCUCCUCGACGGCCAGGACGACGACGAGGCACUCGCCGGAAGUGUCGAAGGCUGGUCCGAAGGCGGACGCGUCUACCUUCUCUAUCUCCUCACGCUCGACCACGCCUCCUCGGCUCUCUCAACCGCCUCGUCCGCUUCAACUUCUUCCUUUGCGCCGCUUCUCUCGCGAACGAUUGCGGCUGUACAGGCGUUCUCACGGAGGGUGGCGGAAACGGCUCGGACGAAGGGGAACAGGAAGCUGAGGUUGGCGGUUGGCGAGAUGGAGAGCCACUUGCUCGUGCUUGUCAAGGCAGCAGGCGCGAAUGCUCUCGAGAAGACCCAGCCGUCGCUCCUCACAGCCUCGGACCGCUCAGUCUGGAUUCAGGGCGCAAACAAGGCGUUCUGGGAGAAGGGGCUGGCGAAAGCGGGCGGUGCGGUGAAGGCGUAG